GUUUGCCAGCUACCAAGUAAUCAGACCAAAUAAUGUCUCUCCGCCUUCUCACUAUCGUUUGUGCCACAUCCUUCCCUUGCAGCAGCCUCAGUGCGUUCCGGCGGAUCGCCUCCUUCGAACACCAUGGCCGUGAUCCAUGCCUCUCUCCAGGCAUCAGAUGCAGCGGGCAACCUCUUUUACGGAGAUCAGCCAAUUACCAGCCAAACUUAUGGACUAAUGACUACAUACAGUCACUCACAAGUGACCACUCGAUGGAGGAGCAGAAUGCUGCAAGGAUAAGUAACUUGGAGAAGGAAGUUGUGAAACUGAUACAGGAGGAGAAGGAACUUGAGGACCAGCUUCAACUAAUCGAUCACCUACAGCAGCUUGGUGUGGCAUAUCAUUUUAAAGAUGAUAUUAAAGAUGCUUUAGAGAGCAUUCAUGGAUCCCUGGAAGACACAAGCAAGCUGCUGAAGGACAAUAUCCAUGCAACAGCACUUCUCUUCAGGCUUCUCAGAGAAAAUGGUUUCGAUGUUUCUGAAGAUAUGUUCAGCAGAUUCAAAGAUGAGAAGGGCCACCUCAAAACUUGCCUCCAGCAUCAGACUAAAGGAAUGCUGAGCUUAUAUGAAGCUUCCUACCAUGGAAAGGAGGGGGAGUUUGUACUGAUCGAAGCCAUGGACUUCACGACAAAGCACCUCAAGAAGCUCAUGGAAGAGGGAUCACUUGAGCCUCGUUUCAGGGAACAUGUGGCCCACGCCUUGGAGCUUCCGCUGAAUUGGAGGAUGGAAAGGAUACACACCAGGUGGUUCAUAGAAACAUACCAAAGGGAAGCCACCAUGAACCCUCUUCUACUUGAAUUGGCUAAGCUGGACUUCAAUCUGAUCCAGAUCAUGCAUAAGAGAGAACUCAAAGAAGUGUCGAGAUGGUGGACCGAUCUCGAUCUUGCACAGAGGUUGCCAUUCUUCAGAGACAGGUUGAUGGAGAACUACUUCUGGACAGUUGGUUGGGCCUUUGAACCACAAUUUUGGAGCUUUAGAGAGAUGCAAACGAAGCUAGUUAGCUUAAUAACUGUAAUCGACGAUGUUUAUGAUGUCUAUGGUAGCUUGGACGAGCUCGAGCUUUUCACUAACGUUGUUGAUAGAUGGGAUGUAAAUGCAAUCGACAAGCUUCCAGGGUACAUGAAGUUGUGUUUUCUUGCAGUCUUCAACAUGGCAAACGAUGCAGGAUAUAGAGUCAUGAAGGAGAAAGGCUUGGACAUAAUACCCUACCUUAAGAGAGCCUGGGUUGAUCUAAGCAAAUCGUACUUGCUCGAAGCGAAAUGGUACCACCAUGGACGUACACCGAAGCUUGGUGAGUACCUGGACAACGCAUGGACAUCGAUAUCAAGCCCUUUGCUUCUGACUCUUGCUUAUUGCAUGAGCGAUGAUUUAACCGAAGAGGCAUUACGAGGCAUCUGCAAAUACCAAGACUUUGCGCGAUGGUCGUCCAUGCUUUUUAGGCUUUACGAUGAUUUGGCUACCUCGAAGGUAUGCAAGACGUCAACUCAACACAUACGUAAUGUAAUAUCUCCUCUGUGUCGUUGUUGUCUUUUGUUCUAUAGACUGAGCUGGCGAGAGGCGAUGUGCCGAAAUCUAUCCAGUGCUACAUGCAUGAGAAAAGCGUGUCAGAGGAUGUAGCACGUGAGAAGGUGAGAGAACUGAUUCGGGUCAAUUGGAGAGCGCUAAAUGGAAAUCGUACUUCCUCUUCUCCACUGGAAGAAUACUUCAAGAGGGUGGCAAUUAACAUCUCUCGGAUGGCCCAAUUCUAUUACGAACAUGGAGACGGAUACGGUAUUCCUGAUGGAGAAACCAAGAAUCAAGUCUUGUUAUUGUUUAUCCAACCUAUCGAGCUCGAGAUAUAUACCACAAAUAAAGUGGUCUGAAUGGCUCCGAUGUCUCUUUGCAUAUGGAUCUCAUGUUGAUCUAAUAUUUCCUGAGGUCUUCGUGAAGUAUAUGUUGUUGUAUCCGUCCGUCCAUUCUAAGGGUUGUGUCUAUUGUAAAAUUGUCUGUUCACUGGUUAGCCCCUUAUAAACUUCGUUGUCGCCGACCACCGGCAAGUCUACCGAACAAAUGCACUGCUCGUCCGGUAAAAUUCC